AUGAGCAAUAAUUUUUGUGUGCAAACGCCUGUUCGACCAACUUUGGGCAAUGAAAAAAAUGUUCCUAUUGAGAAUGCGUUUUCAGACAGAAAGAUGGCAGGCAAGCAUUUCUCAGGUAGACGCCCUUGCCAAAAUUCCCUUGAACAGGAAAGGCGGACUGCGCAACGGGAAAAACAAAUUUCAUACGGUUUUGUAACAGAAGGGUACCGCAACAUGGUAAAAUUGGUUGAGAGUGACCCUCUGUUGAAAAGCGGUGGUAUUCUUCCACUUUCACCGCCUGAUAUAAAUAAAGGCAGUAAGCGUACAUGGGACGUUUCACUGCGAAAAUGGCGUCGAGCAUUGCAUAUGUUUGACAAUGUCUUUAUAGAAAACGAAGAUGCAUCUCCAAUCACUUUGGAAUCUGUUAUAGAAAACCAACGGCUGCAAUGGGUGAGUCCACUUUUUACACAAGAACCAAAAGAAAGGCGUGUACGUCUUUCGGCAGAAAAAAUAAAAGAGGCACGUAAUUCCAUCUAUGUUCCAAAGAGACUUCCUGUUGAAGAAAGCUUGAAAAUUAUACUUCGAAGUGAAGAUUUUUACGAGCCAGUAACUAAUGUGGUACCUCCAUCUGCCUCUUCACUUAUAAGAGGGACUGAUAUAUCUCCCCUGGAUGCCGGUAUUAAAAUAUAUCUUACACCCUCUGGGCAUAACCAGCAAAAUUCUACGCCCGAAAAACCCGAAGCAGUAUUUCAUCAGGAAUCACCCCAGCAUUUUCUCUUCAACACUGCCACACCAGCUCGUGCUGACACUUCACCAAGCAGCAUGCAUACUUGUUCACCAUCAGGUGCGAGCUGUCAGUUUUAUCCCGGAUACAGAACACCUUCGUGGAAUGCGCCAUCAGAAUUACAUUAUGAUCCAACCCCGGUGCCUGUUGUUGGUUUUUCUCACCCAAAACCUGUCAUGCAGAGUGUCAAAUUAUUUCAACCACCGGUACAACAAUGGAAUUCUAUUUUUGCUGCUCCUGCCUGUGCACCUCAAACCUCGAAUGCUCCUGUCUUACAUUCGGGUUUGAAUCGCCUAAGGACACCUGCGACAGUUCCUCGACGGAUUACGGUUCUUCGGAGUGGACGAGAGGAAAGGAAACUUGGGGAUGCCGCAAAAUCACAACACAAUCUUUUUACAAACCAUAAUGAGCCAUCUUAUUACUCCACUACUAAAAUUAACGUGUUUUCCCCAAGUGUGUCAACGGAGAAGCUUGUUGGGAAUACAAAGUCAAUUGAAAAUGCCAGUGAAAAUGAGCGUUCACUCAUAGAUCCAGUUUCUCAGAAAUUGUUUUCCGAGGAGUAG